AUGAGGCAGAUGAAAGUUAUGGCACUUCUUCCAUUCCUGCUACUAACUGCUUUUCAAGCAAAUACCAUUGGGUCAUGGACAACAGAUAACUGGCUGUAUUCCACUGAAGGUUUUUCAGAACCAUGCGGUGGCAAUAUGACAGCUUGGACAGGUGAAUUGUUCAGCCCUUGGUACCCUAAUAACUACCCUAAUAAUGCACGGUGCACAUGGAACAUUCACAGCACAGGAUACACAACUGUGUCCCUGACCUUCAACGAUGUUGAUUUGGAAUCAUGCUGCGAUUACAUCAGAGUGCAUGAUGGUCCUUCUACUCUUUACCCUUUACUGGAGGAAAUACGGAACUACAGGAAUCAGUCUAUUAAAUCCACAGGCAACACUCUGACCGUGCUUUUCUACAGUGACAGCAGUGUAACAAGUAGAGGAUUUCAUGCAAACUGGACAUUUGUAGAUCCUCCCUCAGACGACCCCUGCUACCGCUACACAGUACUAGAUGAUCCUUGGAGAGCCACCACUUAUAAUGGAUCGUCCUUAAACUGCGACACGGCUUUGAAAUGGUUUGGCUGGUAUCGUCUCUUCAUUUAUGGCCAGAGUGCCCAGAUGCCAGACAGAUGUGUUGAUAAGUACAGAUGUGGCACUCAGGCCCCCCUGUGGUUAAACGGUCAACACCCAAAAGUCGGUGAUGGAGUGGUGACCCGAGAUGUCUGUGGUCACUGGUCGAAUAGCUGCUGUCAUGUAAGAUCUGCUCCCAUUAGAGUGAAAGCCUGUCCUGGAGAUUAUUAUGUCUAUGAGUUUGUUGGGCCACCUGUCUGUAAUGUUGCAUACUGUGCAGAUGUUGAAAAGCUCAACACUAGCUAUACAACUGUUACACCAGAGACCCUCUCAUCAGCAAAUACCAUUGGGUCAUGGACAACAGAACCAUGCGGUGGCAAUAUGACAGCUUGGACAGGUGAAUUGUUCAGCCCUCGGUACCCUAAUAACUACCCUAAUAAUGCACAGUGCACAUGGACCAUUCACAGCACAGGAAACACAACUGUGUCCCUGACCUUCAACGAUGUUGAUUUGGAAUCAUGCUGUGAUUACAUUAGAGUGUAUGAUGGUCCUUCUUCCCUCUACCCUUUACUGGAGGAAAUACAGGACUACAGGAAUCAGUCUUUUAAGUCCACAGGCAACACUCUGACCGUGCUUUUCUACAGUGACAGCAGUGUAACAAGAAGAGGAUUUCAUGCAAACUGGACCUUUGUAGCUACUCAUCCUCAGUGUGGAGGACAUCUGUUUGGCUCUGGGAUGUUUUCCAGUCCAAACUACCCAAGCUAUUAUCAUGACAACGCCUACUGUGUGUGGUAUCUUUCUGCUCAGCAAGGACAGAGGAUCUUCUUGACAUUUGCUGAUGUGCAACUGGAGCACUGCUGUGACUGUGACUACAUUACCAUUCACGACGGCUCUUCCACUGGUUAUUCACAGCUGGGAAAGGUCUGCUUCAAUGAGACCACACAUCAGGCAUUUCACUCCUCUUCACGAUACUUGACUGUUGUCUUCAGGAGUGACUUUUCUGGUGUUAGCCAUGGUUUCCAGGCCCUUUUCACCAGCUCUCUAACUGCAAAUGAAGGCAGUGUGGAUUGUACCUCAGACAACAUGGUUAUUGUCCUACAGAGUUCUUACCUGAACUCACUUGGGCUGAGUGGAAAUGACCUUUAUGUGGAUGACCAUCUAUGCAGACCUAAUAUUAGCAGCACUGAAGUUGUGUUCAGAUUCCCCCUCGACACAUGUGGAACCGCCAAAGAGAUGAUGAACGGUUUUGUGUCUUACACCAACAAUGUGCGGGCAUCUCCAUCUCAGUCAGGUGAAAUCACUUAUCAGUCACUUUAUCUUCUUCAUGUGGGCUGCCGAAUGGAGCCGGACACUAUGGUGCAGAUCUUCUACAAGGCCAAAGAAACUGUCAAUGCCAACAUAACAGGAACGGGCCGCUUCAAUGCCAGCAUCGCCUUCUACACCUCUAGGAACUUCACCCAGCAGAUAUACGACUCUCCAUAUGAAGUGAAUCUGAAUCAGCAACUGUUUGUUCAAGUCAAGCUAACCAGAUCUGAUGAGAGCCUGGAUCUCUUCCUGGACACUUGUGUAGCAUCUCCAAAUCCAAAUGACUUUAAAAACCGCUCCUAUGACCUGUUGCGUAAUGGAUGUCCCAGAGAUAGCACAUAUCUUUCCUACACCAAUGGCAUGGAUCAAUAUGCUCAGUUCAGUUUUCGGGCUUUCAAGUUCCUCCGAACUCAUGCCUUUGUGCACCUGCAGUGUAAGGUGAUCAUCUGCCCUGAUAAUGAUUACAACUCUCGCUGCCGUAAAGGUUGCCAAUACCGGCGCAAGAGAUCCCUUGACAGCUCCUACAACACCAGUACUGUGACACUGGGCCCGAUCAAACUCAGAGGUCAGAGGCCAGUAGCAGGUAUGGUGUGAAGGAAUGUGAAAAGUCGAUGGAGAGAACUAAGCAUCUUCUCAAUCUACCUAUUAAUUAACUAUUGAAUACUGUUUAAUCUUUAAUUAUAAACACAGCAAGACAUGAAAAAAAAUUUUUUAUACUUCAAUAAAGCAUUUCUAA